AUGGUUAUCGAGUACGUAGCCCCCAAGUUAGUAAAUGGGGAAAUUGAAAUUGAGAUUGAGGAAGAGGAUAUCGAAUCAGAGGUGAAAUCUUGGGAGUCUGCACUAAUCAUGUAUGUCCUGGGAGGUGAAGUGAGCUUGAAUAUGGUUAAGCAGUACAUGAUAAAGACAUGGAACUACGUCCAAUUGCCAGAAAUGUUUUAUCAUGAUGACGAGUAUUUUCUUCUCCAAUUCAUAACGCAUAAGGACAUGGAGAAAGUGAUAAUGAAUUGA